AUGUCGUCGACCACUCUGCCCACCGGCUCAGCGCCGUCUUCGCUGCACGUCAACCCACCCUUCCGUCACGCGCACGUUGGAUCCUUCCUCCGCCCUGCUUCGAUCCACACCGCCCGCGCUGACCAUGCUUCCGGCACCAUCUCCGCCUCCGACUUGCGUCAGAUCGAGGACCGCGAGAUCGCCGCUCACGUCCAGUCUCUGCUGAAACACAACAUCCAGGAAAUCACCGAUGGAGAAUUCCGUCGCGAGUACUUCCACCUCGACUUCCUCAAGCACAUUGACGGUAUCACGAUCAGCAAGAACACGCUCGAGCAGAAGGAAGGUCGUGUGCCUCCCACCUUGAGUGUCACGGGGAAAUUGAAGCAUACGCACGAUAUCGAGGUGGACAAUUUCACGUAUUUGAGGAGUUUGGUUCCGGAGGAUGCGGUGAAGAGGAUCAAGAUUACGAUUCCUUCGCCGACCAUGUGUCACUUCCGAGGUGGACGUGCUGCUAUCAGCAAGGAAGCCUACCCUGAUUUGGAGGAGUUUUUCAGCGAUCUUGCGGCGGUGUAUCGAACGGAGAUCGAUGCGCUGUACAAAGCAGGUUGCAGGUAUAUCCAGUUGGACGAUACCAACCUGGCCUACCUCACCGAUGCCACGAUGCGUUCCCAAGCAGAGUCGCGCGGUGAAGACCUCUCCACCCUCCCCCACCACUACGCCCGUCUGAUCAACGCCUCCCUCGCCUCCAAACCCACCGACAUGGUCGCUGCCAUCCACCUCUGCAAGGGAAACUUCCGCUCGCAGUUCUUCGCCCAAGGUUCCGAAGACGGCUACAACCCCAUCGCCAAAGUCCUCUUCCAAGAACUCAACGUCAACGCCUUCUUCCUCGAAUGGGAAGACCACCGUUCCGGCAAAGACUUUACCGCUCUCCAACACCUCCCCGAGAACAAGAUCGUUGUACUCGGUUUGGUCAGCAGCAAGUUUGCUAAACUCGAAGACAAACACCUCCUCAUCCAGAAAAUCCAGGAAGCAGCUGAACAGGUUAAGGGAGGGAAGAAGCAGUUGGGCAUCAGCCCACAGUGCGGCUUCAGCUCCACCGUCCAUGGAAACGAGAUCACCGUCGAGGACCAGUUCAAAAAGUUGGGCUUGUGCAGGGAUGUCGCCCUGAGCGUAUGGGACGACGCUGUAUAA